CUGGGAGGAGGCCGGCAGCGCUCGCGGCGAGGCGGGUCUUCUUCUCCACCCUGCCUUCUCCAGACUGCGGAGGGCUCGACUGCUUGUUACAGAAACAUGGCGGAGGGGGAGUUGGACGUCGACUCUUUGAUUUCCAGGCUUUUAGAGGUGAGAGGAUGUCGUCCAGGGAAGAUCGUCCAGAUGACGGAGGCGGAGGUGCGCGGCCUCUGCAUCAAGUCACGGGAGAUCUUCCUCAGUCAGCCCAUCCUGCUGGAGCUGGAGGCUCCCCUUAAAAUCUGCGGUGACAUCCACGGCCAGUACACAGACCUGCUGAGGCUCUUCGAGUACGGCGGCUUCCCCCCCGAGGCCAACUACCUGUUCCUGGGAGACUACGUGGACAGAGGGAAGCAGUCUCUGGAGACCAUCUGUCUGCUGCUGGCGUACAAGAUCAAAUACCCCGAGAACUUCUUCCUGCUGCGGGGGAACCACGAGUGUGCCUCCAUCAACCGCAUCUACGGCUUCUACGACGAGUGUAAACGCAGGUUCAACAUCAAGCUGUGGAAAACGUUCACCGACUGCUUCAACUGCCUGCCCAUCGCCGCCAUCGUGGACGAGAAGAUCUUCUGCUGUCACGGAGGUUUGUCUCCUGACCUGCAGUCCAUGGAGCAGAUCAGACGCAUCAUGAGGCCCACAGACGUCCCCGACACAGGCCUGCUGUGCGACCUGCUGUGGUCCGACCCGGACAAAGACGUCCAGGGCUGGGGAGAGAACGACCGCGGCGUCUCCUUCACCUUCGGGGCGGAUGUGGUCAGCAAGUUCCUGAACCGCCACGAUCUGGACCUCAUCUGCAGAGCCCACCAGGUGGUGGAAGACGGUUAUGAGUUCUUCGCCAAGCGGCAGCUGGUGACCUUAUUCUCGGCUCCAAACUACUGCGGCGAGUUCGACAACGCGGGCGGAAUGAUGAGCGUGGAUGAAACCCUGAUGUGCUCCUUCCAGAUCCUGAAGCCCUCUGAGAAAAAGGCCAAGUACCAGUACGGAGGGAUGAACACGGGUCGGCCCGUCACGCCUCCACGCACAGCCCAACCGCCCAAGAAACGGUGAAGCAGAGGAAAGCCCCGCCCCCCCCGCGAAGAACACUGCAGAGGAGGAAGCAAACCCCCACCAACACUCUACCAAACCGUCUGCUCCAAGCUUCUCCUCGCCAACGUAACCGUUUUAGACGCGGAUCCUGCUGUAGCACUUUUUUUUGUUGUGCUUUACCACUUCUCCUCGCUCCCCCGCCUGUACAGACACCACCCGUAUGACUGACCAUUGCUGGGUUUUCAAUAAAUACAGGUUAAUUAG